AUGUUACCUCUCCUGCUACUCCUCACAGGACUGGUCCGGCUGGCUUCGGCGGGUCAUCACUCUGAAACAGCAAGUCUACAAAUUACAGCGCCAAGGAAGAUUGAGACAAACACCAAAGAUGGCAGUAUUUCAGAAACGCAUGUCUCCUAUUCCAUCCAAAUUGAAAAGAAAACAUACACUUUCCCACUUGAAAAACAGUCAUUUUUAGACUCUAAUCUCCUGGUGUAUUCAUACAACAAAUCGAGGGUGUUAUAUCCAGAUUCUUCAUUUAUAAAGGGCCAUUGCUUUUACCAAGGAUAUGCCACAGAGAUUCCAAAUUCAGCUGCGACACUUAGUACCUGCUCUGGACUCAGGGGAUGAUUGCAGUUUGAGAAUGUCAGUUAUGGAAUUGAACCUCUGGAAUCGUCAACUACAUAUAAGCAUGUGAUUUAUCCAUUCAGGGAUAAAAAAAGUGAUUCUCCCAUAUCAGAAAACAAUUCUACCACUCAAUUUGCAGAUCAAUCCUACAAAAUUCUUGUGAAAUCAAAUAAAGAUUCAGGUGUGCUGUUGAAAAGAGUUCUGAAAAUACGUGUCAUUAUUGAUAAAGCUUUGUUUUCUAUAUUAUCCCUAGUAUGUAUCAUUUUCUUAAUAAUAAUUAGUUCUUCUUACUAUAAUGAUUAUAAUCUUGACAGUGUUGUAAAUAAUAAGGAUAGUAAUAAACAACGUUCCCAUGGCAUAAAGUUUUUUAGCAGUUGCAGCAUAGAUGAAUUUAAACAUACAACUUCACAGCCUAAAUUGGAAUGUCUCCAGAAUCAAACAGUUCCAAAAGUGUUUCCACAAGGAAGACAAACAAUUUGCGGCAAUGGAGUUUUGGAACCACCUGAACAAUGUGACUGUGGUGCCAAGGAGACAUGUGAGUAUAGUAAAUGCUGUGAUCCUUUAAACUGUGUACUGAUUGGAAAGGCAGACUGUGGUUCUGGACCAUGUUGUGGAAAAAACACUUGUAAGAUACUUGAAAGAGGAAGAGAGUGUAGGAAAAGCAUUGAUCCAUGUGAUUUUCCAGAAUUUUGCAAUGGGGUGUCUGAAUUUUGUGCACCUGAUAUGAGAGCUGCCGACUUACAAAUGUGCAAUAAUAAAUCUUCCUAUUGCUUUAGAGGAAUAUGCCAAGAUAGAACAAUGCAGUGCACCAAUUUGUUUGGAAAAUUUGCUAAAGAAGCUAGUUAUCAGUGUGCAGAAGAAGUGAAUUAUCAAGCUGAUGUGUUUGGAAACUGCCUAGGAAAACCUUGUUUUUUUAGGCAUCACCCUUGUGGAAAGUUAGUUUGCCACUGGACACAUUCACUUAUAGUAUCAAGGAAUGACAUUCAUGUUCAGUAUACCUACCUUGGAGGCCAUAUAUGUAUGUCAGCAUAUUUAAGAACUCGUAAAUUUCCGGACCCUACUAUUUCAAGUAAUGGAAGCAUGUGUGAUGAAGAUAAGUUUUGUGACAACGGAGCUUGCAAGGCAGUCACCCAAUACAGUCAGUAUCAAGAUUGUGACCCACUUGUCAAAUGUAAAGGACAUGGGAUUUGCAAUUCUCGCCUACAUUGUCAAUGUGAUGCUGCAUAUGUGCCCCCAGAUUGUUUGGAAACAGCCUCAUCACCAGGAGGAAGUAUCGAUGAUGGAUUUUGGAAUAUAGAGGAGAUGGAGGAAUCUAAAACUUCAGACUUGAUAAAACAACAUCGUGCCUCUCAAAAAAAUAACCUUAUGAUGAGUUUCUACAUUUUCCUACCUUUCUUCAUUUUAACUGCUAUCAUUGCUCUUAAAUGGAAAAAAAUGUAGAUAUUUUGGAACAAAGAGGGAACACUAAGUGGGGAAUCUCCAUCAGAAAUCAGCAGUAGUAACAGCAGUCAGUCUUACAGGUAA